UACGCGCUGUCUGUUUCUCAGAAGAUGCAUGUUAGUUUCACGAUUAACCACACUCUCUCCUUUGUUAGGCCACAAUAUGUGUGGUUCGGAUGGAAUUUUUGCUUGCUAGUUUAUAAUAAUGAAGGGAUUACCCUGAAGAAACCUGUAUAAAUCUGUAAUCUCCAGAUGGCUGACAUCGGGCCAUGAAGACUACUGGUACUAAGAACGGACGUCUUAAACUGUUUACGCGAUAGAUAUUAAACAUGCCUUUCAAGAUUCGCAAGAAGUCGUUGCCUUCGGAUACUGGUCCAGCUAUGAGCAUCGGGACUCCCACAUCCGUCACACACAACGUUCACGUCGGUUUUAACAUAACUACUGGAGAUUUCGAGGGGCUCCCACCAGCAUGGACUGCUCUACUUCAGUCCUCCAAUAUAUCGAAAGCUGACCAAGCAGCUAAUCCAGAGGCAGUUCUCAAUUCACUGCGGACCUUCACUAAUUCGGUCAAGAAAAAGCCAGGAGAGAGCAAGUUUAUGAAAAUUCAGGAGUCCAUUGCAGAAUCUGAUGAUGAUCUCGGUGAUAGCGAUGAAGAUGCCAAACGCAGCAGUAAACAAAUAGAUGAGGAGAUGUCCCCUGUAUCCCAUGAAUCACCAGAAACUGCGGGUAACGCAAAUGUUGAGGAUAAGAUGAAUAAGGUCACCCUCAACAACGAAAAAGAUCACGGGUCUUCGGAUCACGAAAUCCAGCGGCGACCUAAAUCUCUGAAGAAAAACAUGUCGGACGACGAAAUCAACGAGGGCCUUCAGUCACUUGCUUCACCAGGUGAUCCUACAUCGAAGUACACCGUUUCGAAGCAACUUGGGGCGGGGGCAUCUGGUACUGUAUAUAUGGCAAAACCUAAAACAGGGGAUGCGGUACUAGCCAUAAAGUCUAUGGACCUUACCAAGCAACCCAAAAAAGAGCUGCUUAUAACGGAGAUUGAGGUCAUGAAAACCUACAGGCAUCAAAACAUUGUCAACUUCCUGGAUUGCUACUUGUUGUCAGAGAAAAAUGAAUUAUGGGUAGUGAUGGAAUACCUUGAUGGUGGUGCGCUGACUGAUGUUGUCACGGAAACCAUAAUGAAUGAAGGACAGAUUGCUGCUGUAACCCGCGAGUGUCUGCAAGCUCUGAACUAUUUGCACUCAAAGGGUAUUAUACAUAGGGAUAUUAAAAGUGACAAUGUAUUAUUAGGAAUGAAUGGGUCUGUCAAGCUGACUGAUUUUGGUUUCUGUGCCCAGCUAAGUGGAGAUAACUCUAAACGACAGACGAUGGUAGGCACUCCGUACUGGAUGGCUCCGGAAGUCGUAUCAAGGAAACACUAUGGGAAAAAGGUGGAUGUUUGGUCUAUGGGAAUCAUGGUCAUUGAAAUGUUAGAAGGUGAACCUCCAUAUUUGAAUGAGACCCCACUGAAGGCUAUCUACCGAAUAGCCACCAAGGGAAAACCGGAAAUUAAGAAUCUCGAAAAGCUGUCGAAAUUACUUCAGAAUUUCAUUGACCGGACAUUGGAAGUGGAGGUGGAUACAAGAGCAGACACUGAUGAACUCCUGCUUCACGAUUUCCUGAAAUGUGCGAAAGACCUCAAAACACUCAGGCCGUUAAUCGUAGCUGCUAAGCAAGCUACUGGGCACUAGUUAAAAGUACUAGUAUUUUGUUUGAAUUUUGACGCCAAAGUAGGAAAUUUUAAUCAUAAAUUGAAAAGUGUGUAUAUUUAUCUAUGUGCAAGUGUACUGUGUGUGUCUGCAGUUGUGGAACUAUUACAGAAUUAUGUUUGUCUGCUUCUUUAAUACAAAUAUUUCAUUGUUAUUGUUAUACUGUAGCGUAACAUAUGUAUCUCAGCGUGGCAAUAUUAAUAUGAAUUGAAAAAAUAUGUAUAGUUUUCUAACAGGAAUAAUUAAAUGCUUUUGAAGACCAGGCUUUGUGUGUCUGAGAUAAAGUGUUCUAUGUUUCAAAUUCUCAAGGCUUGAUCAAGCUCAACCUCUACGUUUGUACUCCAUUUCACAAUUAAUUAAAAGGAUUCGACAUGUAUUCCUGGAAAAACAUUGAGUUCAAUGCAUUGAUGUCAUUUUACUGUAUAAUACACUUCUAUCUUAAAAUGUUUGUGUUACGCGAGUUUAUUGUUAAGCAUCUACCAUGCAUUUUCAAAUGUAUAAAACUUGAUAAUCAAUUUAUGAUGUAUUUAUGAUUUGCAGGUUUCAGGUUUAAAACCAUGGCUCAUCUUUUUUGCUUUGAAUAAAGAAAGGGAAGUAAUCCUCACUCCGCAGAGGGCAAGAACUCUAAUCUACUAACUAAGCUGAUAAUCAAUAUCAUCAAUAAAUUCUGAAAUCUCUGCA